AUGACUCCAAAUCCCGUUGUUCCACAACUUUGCCAGAUUUAUGCAGAUAGCGCACGCGCACACGCAAUCGGUAAAGUUGAUGAACGCAUCAUAGAACUUAGUCAAACUCAAUGCAUUAAUGACGUACAAACAACAUUCGAUCCUAAGGCUGCUGAAACAGCUCUUACACUUGUUUUGCAAGAUGGUCUUACUAAUCUCUUCAACAGCGGUGAAUCUCAGCAGGCACUAUUAGAAAAAGUUGAAUCAGUAAAACAAGAAGCAAUCAAAAAUGCAGAAACAAAGAGUAGAGAACUACUUGCUAAUUCGAAGUCCAUAUGCAAUGACAGGAAGAUGUGUUUAUCGUUCGAUGCGUCAUCAGUUGCUGAAAGCACCGUUAAAGCAAAAAAAUAA